AGAGAGAGAGAGAGAGAGAGAGAGAGAGAGAGAGAGGAUGUUUGCGGCAGAGAACGGGCUGAGAGGAGAUCCGAGGCUGGAGGCCAUAUCGGCGGCCAUUAGAGUGGUGCCCGACUUCCCCAAGAAAGGAAUCAUGUUUCAGGACAUAACGACGUUGCUGUUGGAUCAUAAAGCGUUCAAGCACACAAUCGACAUCUUUGUCGAUCGCUACAAAGACAUGCAUGUCAAUGUUGUUGCUGGAGUUGAAGCAAGAGGGUUCGUGUUCGGUCCUCCCAUCGCCUUGGCUCUGGGCGCUAAGUUCGUCCCCUUGCGUAAACCCGGAAAAUUGCCUGGGAAGGUGAUUUCCAAGUCCUACGAUCUCGAGUAUGGACACGACUGCUUAGAGAUGCACGUGGAUGGCGGCCAGCCCGGCGAGCGUGCGGUCGUGAUCGAUGACUUAGUCGCGACUGGAGGCACUCUUUCCGCUGCCAUUAGCCUUUUGGAAAGCAUGGGAGCUGAAGUUGUUGAAUGUGCUUGUGUUAUUGGCUUGCCUGAAGUCAAGGGACAGCACAUGCUGAAAGGGAAGCCUCUCUACGUUCUGGUGGAACCAAGUGGACUGGAUCUUGUACAUGACUCGUGUUAGGACUUAGGACACUUUUUCUUGUUUUUGUUUCUAGGCCUCAAAUCUCCUCUGUAUCCGCUUCUCAUUUCUUCAAUUAUAUUAUGAAUUUUGUUUUGCAUCUUUGUCCAAAUUUAUGUUUGGUACCAUUUCAAUA